CUCAGAAACCACGCCCUACGUAGGAGACAUAGCACCCAGCGUGGACCCGCUGCUCGCAGGCUCCUCUAUCGGCUUUGCCUCCCGCGUGCACUGAAGAUGGCGGCCGCUGCGGGAAAGUUCCUCAGGUCCUCGGUUGCUCAGCAUGUGGGUGCCAUUUCCCGGGGUGUUUAUGCUGCGUCAGUUCUUAGGCCUAUUGCUUCUAGAAGACCCUGCUUGACAGACAAUCUGUGGUCUGCCUCUGUCCAACCAAAGUUUGCCUUUAGCACCAGUUGCUCCUUCCACACCCCUGCUGUCACACAGCAUGCUCCCUAUUUUAAGGGUACUGCUGUUGUCAAUGGAGAGUUCAAAGAGCUGAGUCUUGACGACUUUAAGGGGAAAUACUUGGUGCUUUUCUUCUACCCUUUGGAUUUCACUUUUGUGUGUCCUACAGAAAUUGUUGCUUUCAGUGACAAAGCCAACGAAUUUCAUGAUGUAAACUGUGAAGUGGUUGCGGUUUCAGUGGACUCCCACUUCAGUCAUCUUGCCUGGAUCAAUACACCAAGGAAGAAUGGUGGUUUGGGCCACAUGAACAUCACGCUGUUGUCGGAUUUAACCAAGCAAAUAGCCCGAGACUACGGAGUGCUGUUGGAAGGUGCUGGCAUUGCACUGAGAGGCCUCUUCAUUAUUGACCCUAAUGGUGUCAUCAAACACUUGAGUGUCAACGACCUCCCAGUGGGCCGCAGUGUGGAAGAAACGCUCCGUCUGGUGAAGGCAUUCCAGUUUGUGGAGACCCAUGGAGAAGUCUGCCCUGCCAACUGGACACCAGAGUCCCCUACGAUCAAGCCAAGCCCAACAGCUUCCAAAGAGUACUUUGAGAAGGUCCAUCAGUAGAUCAUCCCAUGUCUGGUGUUCACCCAGAACUUCUCAUGCCAGAAAAGAGCCACAGCUGGAAACCCUUCAACGAUUUGAAGAUUAUUUAUAGAUGGCAAAACCUCAUCAUGCUUGUGUUUAUGAGUACUGCUCCACGGGCUUUGUUUUGUAAGACAGGCUCAGGCUCUCUAAAGAUGGCUAGCUACUUCCAUACCUGUUCUUACUAGGGACUUCUUGAUGGCUAACCAGUUCCCACAGAAUGCUUGGUCCUCCAUUUCUUUCUUUUAAUUUUUUUUAGUCCCCCAUUUUUUAGAUCAUGUCUUCAGAGGGCAAGCAUUCUUCUCCUUAGCCUGCUCUGAACCUUGAUCUGCAAUGCAGUAGCACAUAGCACUGGCACUGAAAAAUUCUGAUCAAAGUCUUGAAAUUUCCUCCUGUGUAUUAAGCCGAAUUUCCCAUUAUUAUUCUUACUGUAUUCAUUAACUUAUAAUGUCCUUAGGUAUAGAGGUAUAAUCAUGAAGGACUAUGUCUAAUCUGGUGGUUGCAUUUUUAAAACACCAUAAUCAUUUUCUUCAAGUGCAGGAUGUAAAGUAUAGUUUAAAAAUGAACAUUAAACUAUUUGCAUUUUUGACAUCAUUAACUGUUGGGUCACUUUAUUCUGGGGUACCCCUCAUCCUUUGAUGAUUUAAGUCAACAAAUAAUUAUUUAUUAGGCAUUUGGCUCUGAAACCAAACAAGAUAAUGCUGUCUCCACUCUCAUGAAACUGAAAUUUAUCAGGCAAGACUAGCACCUAAACUUUCAUCCAUUAUUUUGGUAGCUCCUGGAAUGUUAAACACGUGCCCCAUGGCCUUUGGAGGCAUUUGAGUGAAUUAAAAACAAACCCUCAUCUUGAUUCUCUUGAUUCUAGAGGAGAAGACCAAUAAUAAACAGUAGAAAUCAGGUAGUUGCUAUGUUGGAGCAGAGUUUUGAGUAGUGUUUUCAGGGAAGCACUUGGGGAGAAAAGACUGGGUCUAUUUUCUCAUCUGUAAAACGAAGGUAAUUAUAUAUGUCUUGGGGGUUUUAUAUGAAUCAAAUGAGAGGAGAUAUGUAGAAAAGGAAGUUAGCAAGUGAGUUAGUGACUUUUCUGUUGCUGUGACAAAACAUAUGACCAAGACAACUUAUAAAAGAAAGGAUUUAAGCCAGGUGAUGGUGGCGCAUGCCUUUAAUCCCAGCACUUGGGAGGCAGGGGCAGGCGGAUCUUUGAGUUUGAGGUCAGUUUGGUCUACAGAAGAGUGCUAGGACAGGCUCCAAAGCUACACAGAGAAACCCUGUCUUGGAAAGGGAGAGAGAGAGAUGAUGGAGGAA